AUGCCGUCGAGUCCAACAGGGGAUCCGUUCGUCGCUCCGGCGCACAACUUUGUGCAGUCGCAAGCAAUGACGACCGAACUGCUUCCACCGCCAUCGCCGCGAACGCAUCGCCUGCGCAAACUGCAGUCGGCACACAAUCUGGGUUCCAAGGCCGCCCUCCAGCUGCAGCCCCAACAUCAGCCCUCAUUGAUUGCGCAGCAGCGCUUGACUCAACGAAAUAUUUCUCCGACGCGUCGCGAUCCGAGUGCCUCUUCCACAAUGGUUCGACACACUCGAGGACGAUCCAACAGCGAUGCGCCGGCUCCGGUGGCCCAUCACAUGACUGCUCUGGCCUCCAGCAAGCGUAGCAUGAUGGGUAUCAAUCCAAAGUACGCGACAAUGUCUCUCCAACAACUUAUAAAAGAAGGGCCGCCCGACGGGGAUACUGUUGAAGCCCUGGGCAUGGCUCGCCGUAAGGUUCUGAGCGAGGGCAUCAAGAGCGAUAGCGAUGGCAUGUCAACUUUGCGCAUUUACGUCUGGCUGAUCCUGCUGGAUACUCCCGUCCUCCCAACCGACGACUACCUUGGCCUCAUUCAUCGCGGGGCCUCCCCAGCCUACUCCAAGAUUCGCAACGAUACAUUUCGCACUCUCACAACCGAUCCCCUUUUUAGACGACGUGUCAGUGAGGCCAGCUUGAUCCGCCUCCUCAAUGCCGUGGCCUGGCGUCUACAUGAUUCGCGGGAGGAGCAGCGUAGAGAACGGCCGAGCACUGGCAGGAGCUCUAUAUCUCAGGACAGCUCAACGUCGACAGCAACCGCGCAUUCGCAGAAUCCGGCCUCGUCGCCGAGCGCUAGGAACCGAGCAAGGGCUCUGACAUUGACGACAGAAGGCUCCGAAACCAGUCAUGCAGGCGAACCGGGGACAUACGUCCAAGGGAUGAACGUCCUAGCCGCGCCCUUCCUGUACGCAGCAAGGAGCGAGUCCGAGGCCUUCAUCGCUUUCUAUACCCUGCUUACACGUGAGUGCCCCGGUUACAUACGCGGCGCUAUGGACGGUGUACACAAGGGUUUGGCCUUGGUCGACAAGGUUCUCGCCACUGUCGACUCAAAGCUUAGCGGGUAUCUCCACUCCAAGGGUCUGACGGCUGAGAUCUACGCCUUCCCCUCUGUUCUAACCUUGUGUGCUUGCACCCCGCCGCUGCCCGAGGUGCUUCGCUUGUGGGAUUUUCUUUUUGCAUACGGGCCUCACUUGAACAUUCUUUGUAUUGUGGCCCAGCUGAUGGGCAUGCGGGAUCAGCUGAUGAGCUCCCCAAGCCCCAAUAAGCUGCUCCGCUCAUUCCCUUCACUGCAGGCCGAUAAGGUCAUUGAACGCACGCUCUGGAUCAUAGAGAGAAUACCAGACGACACGUACGCGGCUAUUGUUGCGCACGCCCACUGA